CAGAAGACGCUAUCAGUGUUAAGACCGAGAUAAGCGAUAUAUAUCGAUUUACUCGAAUCGGUAGCAUUGAAAUAUAUUACAUUGUUCGGAUCCUGCUCGAUUUGACGGAGAAUCCCUUCAGUGACGUCACGGUUAAAUUUGCGAAUCGCGGAUUUGCAUGCCGACGCGAGGAGCCGUUGUUUCGGCGCGUCCGAGGAAUGCACGCCGAUUGUGAGAAGAAUCAAGGAAAGUGAGUCGCCUCCCCCCCACGAACUCGGCUCGCAGCACCGCGCGCUGACCAAGCCGCUUCGUUCCGACUCCGCCAGUCGCGCUCAGAUACUCGCGCUAAUCACCCGUGCCCACGCUCGUCCGCUCGGAAUACCCUCUCGUAACUUCACUUGUCACUUGUGCGGAGGGUUGAAAAAUUCACCCGAAGGAUAUUACAAUUGUGCGUAGUUUGGAAGGAACGUAGGGGUGAAUUGUUAAGGUAGCGAAGCGGGAGUGUUCUCGUCGACGGCGAACGGUCGUGUUUCUCGCGCAGGUGGAUCAGUUCUCUCUCGCGAUGGGGGUCUCAGGGGCCCUGGUGUGGUGCCGCUCCGACGACGGGUGGAUCCCGCUGAAGCUGGAGUCGAUCAAGCUCUCGGGAGCCUUGACCAAAGCCCACUGGGACUUCGUGACGGAACUAGUGAAGCUCAUCGCGACGAACCAGGUGAUCCUGCAGGACGGGAAGUUGCACAACGCGAGUGACUGUGAUAGUGCGGUGCCGGAGUCCCUGGAGGCGAGUGAGAGUGCGUGUCCCUUGUCCCUGCGGUCGGUGCCGAGCUGCGGCUCGGAGCUGUCGGAGGAGGACCGAUGGGAGAGCGGCAACGACGAUUCCGACUCGUGGAACCUCGAGGAUUUCGAGUGCAGUGAUCGGGGGGAGCAAAGUGACGCCGACGCCCGCUCCGCCAAGAGCGAGGCCGCCGCCAGCGAGGCGAGUCUUAGUGAUACUAGUACUAGUAGUGGCCAGUGGGAAACCCUCCUCAGGCAACAUUCCAAGUCGAAAAAAGUCGAGAAACAGUUACAGAAACAACGGGCCGUCUGGGCCCGCAACAAGCGCAAACUUAGUACCGAAUCAACUAGCUCCUGUAUUUAUCUAUUCGACCAAUGGUAUUUUGGGAAGAUCAAAAGGAUUGAAGCUGAAAAGAAAUUGCUGCUUCCAGAGAAUGACCAUGGUGCUUUCUUAAUAAGGGACUCGGAAAGUAGAAGAAACGAUUACUCCUUGUCAGUGCGUGACGGUGAUACAGUAAAACAUUAUAGAGUAAGACAACUAGAUGAAGGUGGAUUUUUCAUCGCACGGCGAACCACGUUCCGAACUCUUCAAGAACUUGUUGAACAUUAUAGUCGAGAAGCCGAUGGACUCUGUGUCAAUCUCCGUAAACCUUGUGUCCAGAUUGAGAAACCAGUUACCGCUGGCCUGUCUCAUAGCACAAGGGACCAAUGGGAAAUUGAUAGAUCAUCCCUGAAGUUUGUUUGCAAACUUGGCAGUGGACAGUUUGGAGAAGUAUGGGAAGGAUUGUGGAACAACACAACUCCAGUAGCCAUAAAAACGCUCAAGCCAGGAACAAUGGACCCUCAAGAUUUCCUUGCAGAAGCUCAAAUAAUGAAAAAAUUACGACACACCAAGCUAAUCCAACUUUAUGCUGUGUGUACUGUGGAAGAACCAAUUUAUAUUAUAACUGAACUAAUGAAAAAUGGAAGUCUCCUUGAUUUCCUUCAUGGUAAAGGAAGAACCUUAAAAUUAACUCAGUUAAUUGAUAUGGCUGCUCAGAUUGCCACUGGAAUGGCAUAUUUAGAGUCGCAAAACUAUAUUCAUCGUGAUUUAGCUGCCAGAAAUGUUCUCGUCGGAGAUGGAACAACAGUGAAAAUUGCUGAUUUUGGCCUUGCUAGGCUAAUCAAGGAGGAUGAAUAUGAAGCUCGUGUAGGAGCUCGUUUCCCCAUUAAAUGGACAGCGCCUGAAGCAGCAAACUACAGCAAAUUUUCCAUCAAGUCAGAUGUAUGGUCUUUUGGUAUUCUCCUCACAGAACUUGUCACUUAUGGUCGCAUUCCAUAUCCAGGAAUGACUAACGCUGAAGUGUUGCACCAAGUAGAACACGGAUACCGAAUGCCAUGCCCGCAAUAUUGUCCAGCAGCUCUUUACGAAAUAAUGUUAGAAUGCUGGAAUAAGGAUCCUAUGAAGAGACCGACAUUUGAAACGCUCCAAUGGAAACUAGAAGAUUUCUUCACAAUGGAAGGCUCUGAGUACAAAGAAGCCUCGGCUUACUGAGACCACGCUCUUCCUCUUUCUGUUUUUGCUCGCAUGCCAAUAUCGCCUCCCACUCUAUAUCAGUGAGGAGAGUUUGACCGAUAGAUCUAAAAGCAAGCAUCACCCUUCUACCUUGAUGUUUCGCGAUUUUAAACUUCUCAAUUCUCAAGUAUUUAUUUUGAUAAAUUAAGCUAUGUUCCCAUUAUUCCCUUGAUUUGUCAUCAGGUUUUUGCAGAGUAUAAGCUCUUAAAAUUUUGGUCCUUUUCUAAUUCCCAAGUUUGUAAUUUUGACAUUUUUUGAAAAUUGAGGUUUCUCAAAUCUUAAAGAAACAAAUGUAAAGAGAAUGCUUGAAAUUCUCUGUGCCUCAGCUGAAAGUGGAUUAUGCCUCACUCAAAAUGUUUCACAGUCAUUCAAUGUAAAAUUUCGUACCGCCAUGUCUUAGGCAGUUGAUAAUGCAUUUAGAAACUUGUUUUUUAUUUUGUCUUCGAUAGACUUUAAAGAAUGUUUAUUGACCACGUGCUCUAUUUUUUUCUAAGGCACAAAGCACAGUUUGAACUUUGUUAUAAUGCUUCCUGUCUCCUGUCUCCCUCUACUUCUCUAAUUCUUAGUUUGCUUUGCUACCUGACAAAAUUCACUUGUACCCUGAAUUAUUAUCCCUUUUCUCUCCUUACUUCCUUUAGCUUCCUGUGAAUUUUCAUCUUUUAUUUUUUAUUUUAAUAUUUCAUUUUUAAAAGCUGGUUGGAAAGGUGCUAUUUUCUGACGAUCGUGAAGUUUUUAUCACUUCUAUUAACUGUCGUCAUGAAUCUGUAACUAUUAUCCAAACAUUGUACAUUUACUCUCCUUUAAAUUUUAGUCAAUAUAACAGUAUUAAUUGUAAAUUAAAUACAUUUUAGGGAGCUCUUAUUUUACUAAAGCGCAAGUGAAUGAACCACACUCAUGAUUCAUCUAUUAGUAAAACUUACUUUUUACUCAGGGAUCUGAGUGAUGUUCCUUGCGGGAGUAUUGAUUGUCUUUUUCUUGUUUUAUAUAGUAUAGCCUGAGUCAAGUAUUAACAUUUUUCAUUAAAUCCCCCCCCUCCCUUCACUUUAAUCUAAAUUCUUUUAUUUUUGGGUUUAUUCUUACUUUUCCCCUGUUUGAAUGGGAAAAAUUACUCCAUCCAAAGAAACUAAAUAAAAAACAACGUAGGUACCCCAUUCUCUUAAUUUUUUUAUUUUAUAUGACAAAACCCUCAACUUUUCAUCUUUUUUUUUUCUUUAUUUUUUUUAAGAAAAUAUUUUCUCUAUUUUUUCGUCCCAAUCAACUUCUAAACUUUCACCUUUGAUUUUCGUGCCCCACUAUUCAGAUUUGUUUAAAAGCCAAGAAAAGUUUUAGUACAAUUAGAAUAAAUGUUUUCCAAUUGUUGAGAAUGUGUGCUGUAUUCAUUUAAGUGUUUCAUGUUUUAUUUUUGUAAGUGUCCCAUGUAUUUGUUUAAAAUAUCUAUUGAGAAAUUUUAAAAUCAGUCGAAAUUUUCCUAAGGCAUCAAGCAAUAAAGAAAGAGGAACCAUACCAUGAGGUCAUCAAUAUUGUAAAUACUCAUAAUUUUACCGAUCAUUGUAUCAUAUUUAUUUUUAAUUUUUUACAAUUAAUUUAUGUAUUUCUAUCAAAUUUUUUACUUAAAGUUUGUACUUUAUGCUCUAGAAAAAUUGAAUCAAAUUUAUACGAUAGAUGAUUUAUUUAAAAUUUUAAAAGACUGUGUUCCAAGACAAAUCUAUUUAUAUUAUGUAUAUACCCUUCUAUGUUCCAAUUCGCUUUGCUUCAACUAUGAUCAGUGCAGAAAUUUACAAUUAUUCUAUUUUACAAUGCUUACAUCCAUCAGACUUACGAAAAACCUUAACUAGAAUUAUUUUGUUGCUCAUACAAUUUUUUUUGUUUGCUAAGAUCCAAUUAACCCCUGAAUUUUCUAUGAAAGUGCAAUAUCAUAUUGUUUCUAUGAAACUUCGUCUUUCCAAUGGAGUUGAAUCAUCUACCUAUAAUGAAAGGACUUGUGCUUGGAAGUGAGCUCAUAUUUUAAUUUUAAAUCAGGGUCUCUUUUUGCCAUGUGCCAUUCUUUGGCAUUAUCAUUUUCAAGUCCUUUAUCGAUGCUAUGUAUCUCUAGUAGAAUUUCAAAUUUUUUAAUAUCAUGGUUUUGCUGUAUUGCUCCAAACCCAAAGUGUUCUCUUUUUUUCUUCCUUUUAUUUACCGUGUAAAAAAAAGGAAUAAGAAUAAAGACUGCCGCUUUUGAUGGAGCGCUAUAAGGUAAGAGUAUAGCUAUUUCCUGAUAGAUAGCAACUUACCAGAGAGAGGUAAACCUACAUUUUAGAGAUACUCUGUAUUCUAUAAAUUCCAGAAAAGAGUAAGAAUUUUUUAUUGUUAUAUGUAUAUGUUCACGCACAAUAUACCAAAUUUUUUCCUCUUUUUGCAUUUAGACUUAUGAAAUAAGAAAAACAGUUUUCCGAAUCUUUUUAAUUGGUUUUUUUUUUCAAUGUUCAACAAAUUAAACUUCAAUAAAGUUAGGUUCAAAAUUUUCAAUCUUGCAACUUUUUAAAUUUCUUAAUCUUUUGUAUUUUUCUACAAAGCAGCUUUCAUUAUCUUUUUCCUCUUAGAUAAAUAUCAGAACUGUGAUUCAAACGUUUUGAUUCAUAUUUCAUAGCAGUUUUUCCUACGCACUUACUUUUCUUCAGUCUUUUACUCGAUGGAUGCAUACAUCAAGAUAUUCUUUUCAUUGUAUACAAACCUGCUUUGUAAAACUAUGUAUCGUCAAUUUCAUCAACUUUUAGUACAGCUCUGUUUAUGUAAAUGUCACUCAAUCCUAUGCAUCUGUUCUUGUGCUUUAAAACAUGUUUGAUCUCACAAGGUUUUGCAAAUCCGAGAGACUCCUGAAAAGUAUGUUCUAACCAACGCUGCAGCUUGCAAACGAAAUCGUUUUAAAAGCAAUUGCAACACUCGCAUUGUAGCAGCUAUUUUUUGGAAGUUGAGAAAAUCGUUUAAAUUAGUAUAGUGAAAGGAGUAAAACGUUCAGGUACUGACUAUCCCAUUGAGAGUCCGAAUUGCAUUCUCUGUUUUGUAAAUUAAUUUUAGGAAAGAAGUAACGCUGUUCAAGGAGUAAGAGCAUUCUUAAGGCGUUAUUGUAUUUUCUCAGUUAUUUCAUCUAAACUUUACCGUGUUGACAGUUUUUCAUUCAUUUGAUUUUUAUUAAGUCAAGUUAGCAAUGAAUUGUUAUUGAUUGAAUCAUGUAAUUUGUAUGCAUAGAGUACGGAUAGUUUUUAGGAGGCAAGCAUUAGGUAAUUAAUCGGUCUAGAAUAGAUAGAUAGCUGCAAUAUGAACCAAAAUUACUGGUUUAGUUACCGACCUGCGCGAUGGCUGAAAUCCACUGAACUACAGCAAUUCUGCAAAUUUUGGAUUUCCUGUCUUGUGAGGUUAUCCAUGCAUACAAAUUGGACUGCAAGCAGGUUGUCUCUAUUGUUUCUCGCAAACCUUUUUCCAAUUUUUACUGACAUUGUCUAGCUUAGGGCAUCAGCAUUUUCUAAGAUUUUUCCUCGCAAUCCGUAUAAGUCUUCCGUUUAUUAUUUGAGAGAAAAAAAUAAAAAAAUAAAAAGCCGAGAUGUUUGAAGAAAGAAAAAUGGUAUUAAAAUCAACCUUCAACCAAUUAUUUAGUUUUAAAUAAAACCACUGUAAUGCCUUUUUAUGUCCUGCCCAAUUGAAGUAGAAUAAUUUUUAUUAAUUGGACCCUGUAAAAGUUAAUGAUUUGAAACUCUCUUUUGUUUCAAAUAAUGUUUUUAAAACAUAUAACUCAUUUUGAUUAUUGUUAUUUUAUUGUACUAGUUGCUUUCAAUUACUUUAAUUUUCUCUGUAUUGACACGUAACUCAAUUUAUUUAGACUUUCUUACAACAAUUUAUACAACAUGAUUUUGUGUGAUGAAAUUGACGAGUAAAGUUGUGCUUAAAAUCUGUAAUGCUAUAAUUUUGAAGACUUGUUAGUUGAGAAGGGCACAUUUCUAAGAAAGUCUCGCACAAGUUUCUCUGAUUUGAAGUGCAGCAAAGUCAGAACGCUUGUUUUUAAGUGCACGAAUGUGCAUUGCACCCUGAUGCACUUUUCAUGUCGGACGUGAAAAUUGCUCAGUAGCAUGAAACUAGCUAAAAAUUUACCAACCUGCGUUAUGUGAGCCUUAAUCUAGAAUACUUCAAUUGUUCUAAUGUGUUAUCAGCAUCUAAUUCUCCAUCACGAUAAAGCGCCAUUUUAUGUUGUUAUAUUUUUUUUAUUUUAUUAUAUGUUUAUUUUUUUCAUUACUUUAUGGCUCUUUCAGAACACCUUAAAGGAGAGGAAAUUUGAUUCAUACACAUGCAUCGUCUUAUGCUAGUGUAUUCUAAAAUGGUCCCCAAUUUGAUUGAUUUUUAAAAGAUCAAAUUAUUUUUUAGGAAAAGAGACUUUAUGGCUUUACUGUGACAGUUUCGCAAGUGUUGUUCUCCCUCUUUUUGUAGUUGAAAAGAAUCAAGUGCAAAGACAAGUUACAAAGAAGCCGCGAAGAAUUGCUGGUAUCAAUUUUUAAAGUACAAAGUUUUAAAGUUGGUAAUAUUUGAUUUUUGUUUCACUGCUGAAAAGAACAUACUAAAAAAGCCGAUGUUUUCGUAUACAAAGUCAACUGAUGAAUAUUAAAUGUAGGUAUCUAAUUUCGUGUUUAUUAUAAGCUUGUAUAUUAGCUUUUGUUAUAUAAUUUUAUAAUAUUCUUGAUUUUUGAUACUUUUCAAUAGACCUUACUCGUAUCUUUAUCGUCUGGACUAUUUUAGACUCUCCUUAUUCCUUCUUUUCUUGACUGAUCAGUGAUAUGAUGAAUAAAAUGUAUAUUGAACAUA